AUGUCCCAUCACCACCAGCACCAGCACCAGCACCAGCAUCACCACCGUCGUCGACAACGGCUCAACGCUGCUGCCUCCUCGACGACCUCCCUCGCAACUCCGUCGACUGCAGCACCGCCCGCCUCCGUCUCCUCCGGCUCUCCACCCGCCAUCACUGCCUUCAGGGCCCGUUUCGAGGCCGGACGCUCCUUUGACCUCGACGACGACCUCGAGUUCUGUCCAAACCUGCUCACCGAAGACGAUCUGCAGUCCAUCCACUCGCUUGCUGCCUCGGAUCGUAGCUCUCUUGGCAGUGCCUCCCCGGACUCUUCUCCCUUACAGCACCAGGUUCAUCCCCUGCAGCAGCAGCAGCAGCAGCUGAACAGCUUGGGCCACAGCAUCAACGGGAUGGCCAUGUCGGGCCUGAUGGGCAAGAUCCAUCAGCCUGCCGCCGUCAGGACACGGAACGCCAUCCCCAUCGUCAACCCGAGUACCGGCAUGAGGGUCUCCAGUCCCACCAGACGAGACUGGUGA